AUGCAUCCACUCACUAAGCCCUCUUCGUUCCUUUUCGCCCUUUCAUUCCUCUUUGCCCCAGCGGACGUAUCAGCGCAUAGGAACCUCCCUAGAAAACCUCAGCAUCACCCUCAUCUGGAUGAGAGGCUGAUGCCCAUCACUGCAACUACUACUGUUGUAGUACAGCGUACGGCAACUCACACGGUUUGGGUUCAGCCUACAGAUCAAGUACCAGUGGUUCUGCCAGGAUCAGGAGGAGAUAGUGGAUCGGAUGAUGGAGAUCAGAGUGGUUCCUCGACGUCUGUAGCAACUUCGACCGCUUCCAUUGCAUCCAGCUCAGUCACUCGAACUGCUUCUGCCUCCGCCUCACCUUCGGCUAUCCCCGUGUCCUCUUCACUCUCAUCCUCUAGCUCGUCAAGUACAAGCUCCGAAUGGGAUACUGCGUCACUUACAUCAUCGGAAGCAUCAUCAUCAUCAAGCUAUCCUUCAGCUUCGGCCUUAUCAUCGGGGUAUGAUGGCAAAUCAGCCCUUCCCUCUAGCACCUUCUUAUCCGACUCUCCUUCUAUAUCCUUGACAUCGUCCCUAGCCUCUUCGACAAUAGACGCAAGUUCAUCAUAUCUAUCCUCUUCUUCCAUCUACUCAUCCGACAUCCCCUCAUCUUCUUUAUCCCAUUCACCUUCGAUAACAGCUUCAGCCUCCGCUUCGUCAUCGUGGUCAGACUAUGAAAGUAGUAUCACAGAUUCACAGCAUACCUCGAGCUCUCACUCAGGAUCAAAAUCGGCUUCGACGUCGUUGAGCUCUUCUUCCGCUUCCUCUACAGAAGGAUCGAGCUCCUCGUCGAGUAAAAUCUCCGCUUCUGCUUCCUCGACAGCUUCUGCUUCGUCAAUCACCGCUAGUGAAACUGCUUCAAUAACGGCCAGCGAGACCGCGUCUGUAACAGGCAAUGAAACCGCCUCGUCAAUAGCUAGUGAAACUGUCUCUCUAACAGCUAGCGAAACCGCAUCUCUUACCUGGAAUGAGACUGAAGCUAUCACCUCUACUCAAUCAUCCCUCACAGCUUCUUCGACUGCUUAUCCUAACAUUACCUCAACUCUCACAUCCGACUUCGCUUCUUCUACAUCCUCCAAUAUCACCUCUUUCGAACCUUCCAGUACCGUAUCCCUUAACGUCUCUGCUACCGCAUCCGUCACUUCCACUUCUUCAGCCGCAUCAGCCACUUCUUCUCCCAGUCUAGAUGCGAUCGGAUCCACCAUCAUGGCAGCCUACUACCCUGAUUGGGCCGCCACCCAUCUCCCACCUGAAUCAGUCGACUUUACCCGAUUCGAUGUAGUAGAUUUCGCUUUUGCCUUGCCCACAUCGAACAAUGGUUUAGAAUUCACUCAAGAUGAUUCCGAGGAUUUAUUGAAUAGAUUGGUGACUGCUGCACACUCAAAUGGUAAAAGAGUUAAAUUAUCUAUAGGAGGAUGGACAGGUUCGGCAUACUUCUCUACCAUUUGUGGUAAUUCAGCUUCAAGAGCUACUUUUGUUCAGAACAUCCUAGAUGCGUAUAACACGUAUGAUUUAGAUGGUAUUGAUAUCGAUUGGGAAUAUCCAGGAACAACAGGUGCAGAUGGAAAUGCUGUUUCUUCGAAUGAUUCGGCAAACUUCCUCCUGUUCUUGCAAGAACUUCGAGAAGCCCUUCCGACCGGUGCGCUAAUCACCACUGCUACUCAAGUUUGGCCUUUUGCCGAUUCGACUGGUUCCCCCAUGAGUGACGUGUCGGAAUUCGCAAAAGUGAUUGAUUGGAUAUUGAUCAUGAAUUAUGAUGUUUGGGGAUCCUCUUCGACUCCUGGACCUAAUGCACCUCUCUCGGACGCUUGUGGAAACUCAACUCAACCGUUGGCUAAUGCCUAUGCAGCUGUAUCAUCUUGGACAGGUGCUGGUAUGCCUGCCAAUCAGAUUACUCUGGGCGUGCCAGCCUACGGAUACCUUCAAAAGUCUACUGCCUCAUCCCUCAAACAACGUCGAAGAUCUUCAUUCCCCUCCCCUCCCCAUAAGAGCUCUAACUCUACCAGGAUCCAAGGUCGAGCAUCGGAAGUUACUAUCUACAAUGACAACGGAGGCUCGUCCGAUGGUCAAGUCAUGUUCUAUUCUCUCAUUGACCAAGGUGCUUUAACGCUGGAAGAUGGAGAAUACGUGGGUGAAGGUGGAUUCACUAGACACUGGGAUAGCUGUUCUAGUACCCCAUGGCUCAAAUCCUCUUCAUCCGGUCAAAUCAUCACCUACGACGACACCCAAUCGAUGAACUUGAAAGGCCAAUUUGCCGCUCAAGUAGGUCUCAGGGGAUGUAAUGUCUUCUCUAUAGAUGGAGAUUGGACAGGUUCGUCAUGGCCUUUGACCGAUGCUGUCAGAUCAGGUUUGGGACUAUAA